GCUGGGUUCUGGGAAAAGGCCAGAUUGCAUCAGACAGAGCCUGAGGGGCUGGAGCCAGACUAGGGGCUGAGGAGGAGACGUGGCUUUAUAAGUCGGGGCCAGUGAACUAGGAGGUGUCAGGAAAGCAGAUGCAAACACAGCCUUAGAAGACGGGCGAGGGAGAGAGAGAGACAGAGACAGAGACAUUAUGACCACCUUCCCGCGAGCAGCCAGCCCCCCCAGGCAGCCCCCAGGCCCAGAGGAUGAAGACCCCAACCUGGAUGAGUACGACCUCUAUAGCCUGGCUCAUUCUUACCUGGGAGGGAGAGCCCGGAAAGGUCGCACCAAGAGAGAGGCUGCUGCCAACACCAACCGCCCCAGCCCUGGUGGCCACGAGAGGAAGCUGGUGACCAAGAUCCAGAACACAGAGCGGAAAAAGCGAGCAGCACGGACCUGAAACAGAACUCGAGGUGAGGCCAGAGCACAGACACCCCACAGCAAUGGAGACAGGACUGCGGAGGAAUCAGUGCCUGGGGGCGGGAUCCAGGCCUGCUGGCCGCCCUGCCCCUCCACCCCCAGGACUUACCCCACGUGACUGAGGCUCGAGGGGCUGCCAGGGAAGCCGCCCCAGCCUGAGAAAAAGGGCAGGUUGGGGAGCAAGAGGCAGGGGGUAGAGAAAAGCAGGGUCAUGAAGGUACCCCCACCCCAAACAAAAAAAAAGAAAGAUGCUAAAGAGGCUGGAGCUUCCCAAGGGUGACAGUGACAAUAAACAAAGUAUAGCAGCUGCA